GCGGACUGGGACGUCAGUGAGCAUCCAGGACCAACAAUAAUUGAGAGAAUGAAGAUCCUUCUGCUUCUUGCUCUUCUGCAGCUGUUCCUUGAUCCAGCUCUUUUUGUGAAGGGCACACCACCACGGAGAGACUAUUAUGAGGCCUGGGAGCCCUGGGGUUCCUGCAGCCGCAGCUGUGGCACUGGGGUGGCCGUCAGAACCCGUCGAUGUGUCUCACAGAGGACAGGUGGAAGAGGCAACUGUGUAGGACCAGCUAAAGCCUACCGUUCCUGCAACACCCAGGAAUGUUCACCAGGAUCCAGGGAUUUCCGGGAGCAGCAGUGUUCACAAUUCGAUGGAGUGAAGUUUGAAGGGAGGCUCCACACGUGGCUGCCAUACUAUGGAGCGGUGAACCCUUGUGAGCUGAACUGCAUCCCCAAAGGAGGCACCUUCUUCUACCGGCAUCGCCCUGCAGUGGUGGACGGCACCCCUUGCUACCCAGGCAGUAGGGACAUUUGUGUAGAGGGGGUCUGUAAGAUGUUGGGCUGCGACAAUGUGCUGGAGUCCUCUAAACAGGAGGACCCGUGCCUACAGUGUGGGGGCGAUGGACAGUCCUGCUUCCUUGUCCGGAACACCUUCUCCACACGUGACCUUCCCAAUGGCUACCAUCAGAUAGUCACCAUCCCAGUAGGUGCCACUACCAUCCGUAUCCGAGAAAUGGUUGCUUCACGCAACUAUUUGGCCAUCAAGAACUCACAUGGUGCGUACUAUCUGAAUGGACACGGGCUCAUUGACUUUACACGAGCAAUCCCUGCUGCUGGCACCAUGUUGUACUACAAGCGCCGAGCAGAGAGUGACAUGGUCCCUGAAACUAUUAUUGCACGGGGGCCCACGACAGAGCAGCUGGUCAUUGAGCUGAUUACUCAGGAGAGCAACCAUGGCAUAGAGUACGAGUACUACCUUCCCCAAGGAGGGCAGCAGGUGGUUUACAUGUGGAGCUAUGGACCAUGGACAGACUGCAGCAGUGACUGUGGAACAGGAUACCAGUCCCGCCGAGUGUUCUGCACAAGCAACCACGAGGCUAUUCCAGAGCACCUGUGCGCUCACCUAGCCAGGCCUCAGAGCAACCGCACAUGCAGCCUACGCGAGUGCACUCGCUCAUACACAUUCGAGACUGGGGCAUGGAGCACCUGCUCGGUCUCGUGUGGCGAGGGGGUCCAGACCCGCAGCUUGCAGUGCGUAUCCCAUGACAGGGCGGGACGACGCGUGUUGGAGGAAUCCGUGUGUGCCGUGUAUGCUGUACGCCCACCUAGCCAGCAGGCCUGCACCAUGCAGCCGUGUGCCGAAUACCGAUACUCCAGCUUCGGAGAGUGCUCAGUAACCUGUGGGACAGGGGAGCAGACACGGGAGGUGUUCUGCACAGUGGGUGGAGCCCGAGUCCCAGACUACACCUGUAGCUCCCAGCCUCGCCCACACCACGUUCAAACCUGCCAGAGAGAAGAGUGCCCCGACAGCCGCUUGAUGGUCUACAGGCCAGAUCGUACGGAGACGUCCUCCGUCAGCACGGUGUACGACCCCUACGGCACCAUCCAUGGCCCGCACUGUGGCCAGUCCCAGUACGGCUGCUGCCCUGAUGGGCACACUGCAGCCAGGGGACAUUAUGGGAAGGGCUGUCCACAGGACACAUGUGCACAGAGCAGGUACGGAUGCUGCCGUGAUGGUGUGACUGCUGCUCACGGUCCCAAUAGAGAGGGAUGUCAGGAUGACAAUGUUUACACUUCUACAGUUCGUUCUACGUCCCAGGCUGAGUCCAAGGAUGAAUGUCACACAAGUACCUAUGGGUGCUGUUAUGACCAGCUGGGUUUUGCCUCUGGAUCCAACGGAGAGGGCUGUCAUAACCGUCCCAAUGAUGAUCAUGAAGCAAAAUGCUCCUUGCCAUCCAGUCCUGGUCCAUGCAGCACCUGGGCUUCCCGCUACUACUACAACAGUGCCACAGGCCACUGCACCCACUUCUGGUACGGUGGUUGCCACGGCAACUCUAACAACUUCCCCACUCGAGAGGAGUGCCAGAGGCAAUGCCACGGUGUGGUUGGAACUCGGGCAAGAACCCUUCCUAUGCCUAAUUUGGAGCGUGACUCCAGGAAGGUGCCUGCAGUGCGUCAUGGUACCACAAAUGGUCGUAGACCUGGAAUCUACCGGGUCAAAGUAGUAGCCCAUCCUCGCGGCUAUGGCACCAAGCAUUCAUCUCGUGCUUACCAUACAAAAGAGUAG